CAAUUCUGUGAUCCAUCAAUGGCCGCCACAAGUUUUUCAACAAAAAGUGAUUUACAUUAACAUUAAAUAUAACAAUUAUUAUAUUAACAGUUAUAUCAAAAACACCUAUGAGAUAAAUCCUAAAUAAUAAUUUCUGACUGAUAAUCUUUUUAAAAAUGUUCAGAUUUUUGAGCGGAAAAAGGAAAAACACUGCUCAUAACCAGGGAAACAAGGUUGAUUCAAGAAAUGGUACCUAUAAUAAAAACUUAUUAGUGUGCAAGGUGGUACUUUUGGAUGGUUCUGAACUUUCAAGAGAAUUGUCGAAAAAAGCUCUUGCUGGAGAUUUAUAUGAACAAGUCUUUUAUUCCUUGGAUAUUAUAGAGAAGGAAUAUUUUGGUCUCCAAUUUACAGAUGUAAAUCAUGUCAAACAUUGGCUAGACCCAAAUAAACUUAUAAGAAAGCAAUUAAAAAUCGGACCACCAUAUACUUUGUUUCUGAAGGUGAAGUUUUAUUCAUCUGAGCCCAGUAAUCUUCGAGAAGAGCUGACUCGUUAUCAAUUUUUCCUACAACUCAAACAGGAUGUACUUGAUGGAAAAAUUGAUUGCCCCAAACAGACUGCUGUGGAACUUGCAGCUCUUGCAUUACAAUCUGAACUGGGAGAUUAUGAUGAGACUCAACAUACUGCUGGUACAGUAUCUGAGUUUCGUUUUGUUCCAGACCAAACAGAAGAGAUGGAGAUUGAUAUUCUGAAUGAGUUCCAGAAGGUUAGGGGACUGACCCCUGCUCAGGCUGAGAUGCAAUAUCUCAACAAGAUAAAGUGGCUGGAAAGCUAUGGAGUUGACACCCAUAUAGUUCUGGGGAAAGAUGGUAAUGAAUAUAAGUUAGGUCUGACGCCAACAGGUAUACUAUUAUAUGAAGGAAAACAAAAAAUUGGACUCUUUUUUUGGCCUAAAAUAACUAAACUGAACUUCAAGAAGAAAAAAUUAACCAUUGUUGUUGUGGAAGAUGAUGAUGAUGGCAGGGAGCAAGAACACACAUUUGUGUUCAGAUUACACAACGAAAAAGCAUGCAAACACCUCUGGAAGUGUGCUGUUGAGCACCACGGCUUCUUUAGACUUCAAGAACCGGUGAAAGGUGGCUCAGCGAGACAGAAUUUCUUCCGAAUGGGUUCCAGAUUCCGUUACUCUGGCAAGACUGAAUACCAGAGUGCCCAUAGAAGUAGGGCCAGACGAACCAUACAGUUAGAAAGGAAACCAAGUCAAAGAUAUGGCAGGCGACAAAGUCACAUUUUGAGAGAGAAGCAGCUGAAGGAACAAGCAGCCAUAAAGGAAAAUGUCCCUGAUCUUGCAGAAGUCCCAUCUGCCUCUGUUCGUUGCAGUGGCCGAUCGGUGAAAUCCAACACUUCUACGAAUACUAACACUGAUUCAAUUUACGCAAAGGUGAAUGAAGAUACCACGAAACCCAUGACCCCCACAGGACCUGAGAGUAUUGGACUUGUCAGUCAGAUCAGCUUUGAGAAGUCUUCAGUUGGAAGAGGUUCCUUUGGUCAGAAUUCUGUUGGUAAGGGAUCUGUGGCUUCGGGUUGCGGGAGCCGCGUGUGUUCUCCUACAGGAAGUAAAAACGGAACAUUGACUAGAAACAAACAGAAAAAUUCCAACCUCAUAUCGACCGGAACACCACCUGUGAGCCCUACCUCUGAUCCUCAACUCGACCUGUUAAUUAUGAGUUUAGCAAAAGAAACACUGACUGGGAUCAACACAAAGACAGAUAACGAUUUGAAUAAACUUGAAGAUUCUGAAAUUGAUUCCAAAAAACUCUUGUGCGAGAUACCAAAUAACAUUAAAUCAUCUGGAACGGCGAAACCAUUACUCCCUGGUCAACUUACUUGCAAUAUUCUCAAAGCCUACACAAAGCAAGAGGAACCUUCCUUGGUAUCUCCAUCCUUUGGCUCAAAAUUGACAAACCAGAUGUUUGUAGCAGCUCCAACUAGCGAUGAAAGCAACCUGAAUUCUCUCAAUGCUGCUACGUUUGUAUCAGUGGGAGGAGACAAGUUGACCCUGUCUGUAAGUGGACCACCAAAUUCAAAUCAUACCCAGAACAAUUCUCAGCAAGAGCAAAAGAGAUGUACAACUCCAGUGACGGUCACUUUCUUUGGACAUAAUGAUAAAGGUGGACUGGAAAAAUGUCUCUUAGACACUUCCAACGAUGGCAAACAACCUUUGAGUCUAAUGAGCAGCAGUUCCUACACAGAGGAUGAGGAAAACGGAUCCUCUAGUACCAAUAAUGGUCCAGAAAGCUUAACCAACUCUGAGGAAAGCUCAAAUCCAUUUUUGGACUCCACCAAUCCAUUCCUUAUUUCAAACCCGUUUGGUCCCAAUAACCCCUUCAUUGUUGAAAAUAAAGUGGGUAUCGAACUUGAUGUAUGUCCUGAAGAGAUAGAAAAAGGAACAGAUUCUGAACCAUCAAGAAUAUCCAAUGGAAGUUCUACUGUGGUCUCCAAGGUUUCACCUUGGUUGGUUUCUUCAGAGGUUAUUUCUGCACCUGUGACACAAGCAAACACUAAUGAUAUAUCGGUAAUUAGAAAAUCUGUUAUAACUACUCAGCUAUAACGAAUUUAUUACCUUGAUUUAUAUAAACACCAAUUGGGCCUAGUGAUUCCAUCAAAUUUGUAGUCUCAUUAGAUGCCAUGUCUGACAGCGUGAAUUCAUAACCUCAAUCGUGAUAUAUGACCUUACGUAAUACAAUCUAAGUCUAUUAAUGAAGAUAUGAGGUGUUCUUUCAGUAAGUCGAUAGCGAUUUGUACUACUGAUACAUCACAGAAGUAUUCCUGCUAAUAUUCAUUGACCUAAAUAAAGGGUGUAAAUGAUCCUAAUAUCGAAAGUGCUACUUAAUUCCAAUCUUUGUGAUAAAAAUUCCUUAAUUAGUAUUAUUCUGCUUCUUGAAGCAUUUUAAACAAGUAUUCUCAAUUUUAUUAGAAGUACAGAUGAAUAUCUGAUUACGAUUUGAAAAAUGAUAAGAGGAUAUAUAGUUAUUCUCGAAAAAUUUGAAAAUAUUCAAAAUGUGCAGGCAAAAACCGUCAAUGUCCAUUUUUGAGGAAAUGCACUUUGUGCAUGUUCCGAACUCUUAUGGUUCUUUCCCAAACAGGGAUAUAUUUAGCCUUGUACUUAAGUGGAGAUUGUUAGUCUUUUCCACAAACAUUAGCAUUCUUGAAUAACUACUGAGUAGAAUCAUUUUCUCAAAACUGACAAAAAGUGAACCUUGAUGGUUUUUUCCCUGUAUUCUUCAUUUAGAAUAUUCUGAGAUUUUUUCGUGAGAAAGUAUAGUUGAACUUAUACAGGAUAAACAUAUUUCUUAUAUGUUGUUUCUUCAACUGUGCCUUCAUUUGAAGUUAUACAUAUUUUUUUAUUUUGAGAUGAAUAUUUUUUUAGAUUUGAUAAUAUUAGUAUAUGAAUUGAACUUGUAUUAUAUUUAUUUUGAUUUUUUGCUUGGUUACUUAUUUUAUAGUUGAUCCAUUUCAAAAACCAAGAUUAAUGUACUUUGAAAAUCAAACAUGUGAUAAAAAUCGGAGAUUAUAUUUUUGUGACAUACAUAAUUUCAAAUGCUGCUAAUAUAGUUUUGGCCUAACCUAUAUAAAAUGCUAUUUAUUUGAAAAAAAUGGUGCCAUUCAAAACAAACUGAAACAUACUAUAUUCUGAGAAGACUUAUAUUAUCUCCGUCCUCAUACAAAUUGUAUUUGCUACUAUAUGUAAUAAAUUUUAUAGUCUGUUUUA